AUGUACAUACUCAUCGUACUGACCUAUGCUAUAUCAUCAUUACAUGUCAUACUCGCUUUAAUGAGUAUUAUUAUUGGCAUUAUUUCACAAAGUCGAGAACCUGUUUGGAUGGCACAUAGCAUAUCACCAUUAUGGAGUGGAGUUUUUUUUGCACUUUGUGGUACUACAGGGAUAAUAUGUGCACGUCAAAAAGGUCUCUAUCUGAUACUAUGCUAUGUAGCAAUAAGUAUUGUAACACUUAUGGUUGAUUGUGUUAAUAUUCAAUUGCUACGUUUAGGUCUUGUUAAUAUAAUGACUGAUGGACAAGCUUAUUUAAAAGAACAGAAAGAUUUACUUGUAUUUAUUGCAUUAAUUAUAUCAUUAAUUGAAUGUUUACUAUGUUUAUUAAGUAUAUUUGUUGGUAUACGAUUAUCAUUUGAUGCAGCUAAUAGAAGAUUUCGUAAAAAAGAAGGAGUUUUUUUUGUUCAAAUACUAUCCGAAAAAGAUAUUGUUGUCGUAUCAAAACCGUCAUCAUCAUCAAAACAAUCUUUUUCAGCUCGUGAAUCUGUUCAAUCAUUCGAUCGAUUAUCAACAUGA